ACAGGCUUCUUAGAACCGGAUUGUGCAGUCUGUUUAGUUGGACCUCUGAUUGAGGAUUUAUUCAGGAGGGAACAUUGGAACAAAAUGGAGAAUAUUGUUUUCUUGUAAACAUUUCUCAGAUUGACCACGAGAAUGACAGUGAAACAGGUUCAUAAUAAUUAUUUUUGACUGAGAAUGGGCGAUUUUGCAUGCAGUUCUUAAUUUGGCCUUUAGAUGCCCAUGUAGCAGCAUCAUUGUAGCUGGGAACAGCUAGCUAACACGUAUCAAAAAUAUCCCCAAACCCUGGGGGUGCAUUUCACUAGUUAGCUAGCUAAAGACUAGCUUUAUUGACAAAAUAUGCAGAAGUAUGAAAAGCUCGAAAAGAUUGGAGAGGGUACAUAUGGAACUGUUUUCAAAGCAAAACACAGAGAAACGCAUGAAAUCGUGGCUUUGAAAAGAGUGAGAUUGGAUGACGACGAUGAGGGGGUCCCAAGUUCUGCCCUGCGAGAAAUUUGCCUCUUGAAAGAACUGAAGCAUAAAAACAUUGUGAGGUUGCAUGAUGUUCUGCACAGUGACAAGAAGUUAACAUUGGUAUUUGAAUUUUGUGAUCAAGAUCUAAAGAAAUAUUUCGACAGCUGCAAUGGAGACCUAGAUCCAGAAACUGUCAAGUCGUUCAUGUACCAGCUGUUGAAGGGGCUUGCCUUCUGCCACAGUCGGAAUGUUCUCCAUAGAGACCUGAAACCACAGAACCUCCUCAUCAACAGGAAUGGGGAAUUGAAGCUGGCUGACUUUGGCUUGGCUCGAGCCUUUGGAAUCCCAGUGAGAUGUUACUCAGCAGAGGUUGUGACGUUGUGGUAUAGGCCCCCAGAUGUGCUCUUUGGUGCUAAGCUUUAUUCUACCUCCAUUGACAUGUGGUCUGCUGGAUGCAUAUUUGCAGAGUUGGCAAAUGCUGGAAGGCCCCUGUUCCCGGGUAAUGACGUUGACGACCAGCUGAAGAGGAUCUUCAGAUUGUUGGGUACACCAACUGAAGAACAGUGGCAAACAAUGACAAAGCUCCCAGACUACAAGCCGUACCCCAUGUAUCCAGCCACGACCUCACUGGUGAAUGUUGUCCCCAAACUCAGUAGCCCAGGACGAGAUCUGCUGCAGAAUCUUUUGAAGUGUAAUCCUGUCCAGAGGAUCUCUGCAGAGGAGGCAUUGCAGCACCCCUACUUUGCUGAUUUCUGCCCACCGUAGAUGAGAUGCCAAAACACACGUCACUCAACAAAACCUCAGCCAUCGGAAUCAAUCCUCUUUCACUCCAUCUUUUCAACAGGACCUGUUUAUCCUGACUCCCUGCAAGACUCAUCUUCCAGCAGCACCUGUUUUAACUAAGAGACUUCCCUUCAGAAUAUCCUGUUGUGCCUCCUAAUGGAAUUAAGUCCUUGUGGGCUCUGCAAGAUUUUAGAUCCUGUUAGCAAGCCUGUUUGUCUUCUCAUUGUCUGUUAAGCACAGUAAGCGCACUGACAUGGAAACAUAACAUGUAGCAAUGAACAAUUCUGGACCCGGAGAAACAGUGAAUCCUUCUGAGCCAAUAGUUGCACAGCAGAUUAAGCAGUUUGAACAAUUGAAUUAGUGUGCUGCAUAAUGUACUGGCAAAACUGUAGUUAUUUGGAUACAUUCCUCAAAUAGUGUUAAUGUACCACUGCUGGUAACUUGUCAAUAUUGCAUUAAUAGGUUAUGAUAAGAUUGGAGACAGACAGACUUGCAUGUCUUCCUUGUCCUUCAUCAUAGUCGUAACCAUUUUCCACUUUAAAAGGAGAUUGUAAAAGAGGGGGAGGUUUAUUUAUAUUUGUCAGUUCUCAGGCUUUCUUUUUAGCUUUUAGUAUUUGAUUUUUUUUGUGCACUUUUGGUAAAUGGCAUUUCCUUUUUUAAUAAUUUAGAUCUCAUCCGCUCUAUCAAGUAAAGUUGAACACAAAGUUGGGGUAUUGUCGAAGUUGGGGUCAAUAGAUAUGUAUUAUGAACAGUGGACCAUACGUACUUGAGUAAUUUGCUUUUAUUUUAGUUUCAUUUUGUAACUUUCUACCAUCUUUUAUCAUUGACCUGAUGUCUUAUAGCUUAAUGAAAGUGAAGUGAGAGCGGAGGAAAUCCAUUGAUACCUGUAUUACCACAUUACGAUUGUUUUGCACCACUGACUUUAGCUGUGUUCACUCUGAUGGGUAACUUAAUUUUGGCAAAGAACUAGUACGUUUUGCAGUGUUAUUUUACUCCAGAUAGUCGCAACUUAUCCCACAAAAGCCAACGUUUAACUAAUCUUUGAGGUUGUUGUCAGCUACCAAAACAUUGGUUUUGAUCAAUAGGGAAAAUAUUUAUUUUGAUAUAAGAGAAAGAAUUAAUAGAAUGCAUGUAUUUAUUGAUAAUUGAAUGUCUGCUUAUGUGUGCAUUUAGUCUUUUUAUUUACACAACGCAUUACUUUUCAUGAGUUGCAAUGUUCUCCUUAUUAAAAUAAUGAAAUGUGUGACAGUUAGAUCCAUGGCAAUUUUACGGCUCUGUCUAGGAUGCGUUAUACUUUGGUGGUGUGUAUGUUUGCAUCCGAGUUGAGAUAGAACAGUUGGGACAUCACAAGAUUCCAUUAUCACAUGUAAAGACAAGCAAUUCCAGUGCUUAUUUUAGACGAGUGCUGUAGAAUAUUAGUUUAACUAUGACAUUACUUUAAUCUUUAUUUAGAAUGAAGAGUGGACUUUGCACUUUCCUAUUAUCAUAGUUUUAUUGUUGGACUUGGGUUAAGUAUUUAGACAAUUGCUGCCAGGCAGUGGUCUCUUCUGUAAAUUUCAAAACAACAGUUCAAUAAAGUGGACUCAAAAGUGA